CGCAUUCUGAGGCGGGAUGUACCAAGCGAGCGAUGGAAAACCGCACGUUCUGUCGGGCUCGUUGAUUUGCUCUCUGCUGUCACGUCCGCCCUCCCCGGCCAAUGAGCCUCUCUCCCUCCUCUCCUUGACCGACGACUGCUUCGCAUCCGUCCUCGAGAACGUUUCCGCGCCGGAGCUCCUCGUGCUCGGCGCAGUCUGCAGGCACAGCAUCGGCACCCCAGCCGCCGCCACUGCCGCCGACGAUGAUCUUACCACUGCUGCAAGGCACCUCCGCGCGGCUCUCGACGACGGCGCGCACUGGGAAGGCGCCUUCCGGCGCCGCUUUGAACCCGUGGCCCGCCUCCUCUUCCGAGGGGAGAUGCCGCUGCCGCCCGUGCGCCAGCUGCCCGCCCGCGGAAGAGGGGGCGCCUGCUGGAGGUUGCACUACCGCAGCUUCCGGCGGUCGUGGAUGGAACCGGGCGGGCACGGGCGGCUGCUGCUCUGCAUUCACGGGCGAGUGUACGACGCGACAGAGUACAUGCUAGAGCACCCUGGCGUUCGCCUGCUGAGAGCACGCCGACCGGUGUGAACGGGUCUCUUCACACCUCUACGCUGGGGUGCCGGCGCCCUACUGGGCGCCCCCCGCUCC